GGAGAGAUGAGGAUGAUGCAGGCAGCCAUUUCCCUUCUCCCAUCUCUUGGAGAGCAGAAAAUGCUACCCAAGUUAGUCACCCUCGUGAUGGUCCUCAGCAUCCUGCCACUGCCCCUUAGCAGUACCCAGAACUGCCUGAGCAAGCCACAAGUUGCUGCUGCCGUCCGACAGAUGCAGAAGCUGCUCUUGGCUCACGAGGCGGCCCAGCUGCGGACCCUGCGGACCCUGAAGAAGCAGCUCGCUCUCCUGCCAGGUGGCGCCCGGAAGCUGCCAGCCAAGCAGAAUGAGCGCUGCGCCCUCCCAUCUGCGCCCUCCAAUGGCAGGAGGCUGGGCAGGAGGACAGCCGUGGGGAAUGAGGUCCACUUUGUCUGCAACCUUGGCUUCACGCUGAUCGGCUCUGAGACGCGGGCGUGCCUGGCGAACAGGACGUGGAGCGGACGGCCAGCAUUCUGCAAAAGCAUCGGUGGUUGUGCCAGUCAGCCCUGUGCCAACGGAGGGACCUGUGCGGAUGGGGUUUACCGCUACACCUGCUUGUGCCCCAGUGGCUGGUCCGGGAGCACCUGCCAGGCCCCCGUUUAUUCCUAUGGGGCAGCCAUGAGUAACGCAGCGUUCAGCCGCCAGCCCCACUGUGCCGAGAAUCCCGGGGGCUUGCGUCAGUGCAGCUGUGAUGCUGGCUUCCAGUUGACGGGAGGCCUGUGUCAAGAUGUGGAUGAGUGCCGGCUCUUCCAGUCCAACUACCACACCCGCAUCUGUCUCCACGAAUGUGUGAACCUACCUGGCUCUUACCAGUGCACCUGCCCGGACGGCUAUCGGCUCCAGGCUGAGCAGAACAGAUGCAGUGAUGUGGAUGAAUGCGCCGGGAAUCAGCACAACUGCAGCCGUGGACAGACUUGCAUCAACGUCUUUGGAGGCUUCCGCUGUGUGACGCCCGAAUGCCCCAAGUCUCAGUUCAACACCACCUACGUCAAGACGUCAGCCUUGCAGUGUGAGCGGAGCCCUUGCCCCAUGGGCAGCCAAGCCUGCCAGAAAGCUGCUCAUGCCAUCUCCUUCCACUACCUGCCCCUCCAGUCCAACCGCACUGUGCCCUGGGUCCUCUUCAAGAUGUCCACGAGCCGCCCUCUGGGGGACAGCCUGCGCUUUGCCCUCCUAGGGGGCAACAGCCAGGGGAAGCUUGCGGUGCAGCGCUCUGGCCAGCAUACAGGGGAACUGGUGCUCGUCCGCCCGGCUCUGGGGCCAACCAUCCUGGAGGCCGAGGUGGAAAUGAGUGAAUUUGCACAGAAGAUCCUUCUAGGGAAGCACAUCUUCAAGGUCACAGUCAUGGUAUCCCAAUAUGAGUUCUGAGCCCCUGUGGAACCCGAUCAGGCCUUGGGGAAUGUCAGGAACAGAUGUUGCAGGAAUCUUUGGGACGUAUAGCUCUCUACCCAGAAUGGGCCAUAAGAGAGGCCAAGGUGAGUCUGGAUCGGCUGGGCCAGACACUCCUCUCCGCACUCGUUGCUGGACCCUUUCCCCACUAUCUGUCCCCUUGGAGCAGCGAUAGAUGGGAAGCCCCAUCAUCUUAUGAGGAAGACCAAGAACUGCGAUUGAAGUCCUUGCAGCUGUAGACAGACGCAAAGAAAUUGGAAGGCACGUAAAUCUUCACGAUCCGAGUGGUAAGCAAGAGCAGAGCAAACUCCCAUGAUGGAUCAGCGGCCUUUACAAGAUGCAGGUGCUACCCUAAGCCAGCAUGUAAGUUUUUGUGCAGCUUUUAAAUAUAAAAAGCAGGCCCACAUCAGGGGAAGCCUUGCAGAGCUUGGAAAUUUGGCUCAGGAAGUGGGUAGCAACAGCUACUCAGGACUGCAGCAUUUUCAGCUUGGUCAGAAAGCACACUGCGGGAAUUAAUCCACAUUUUGGAGAAAAGAUACCAACGUUCUUUUUCAGACCAUCGCCAUCACUAUAUUC